GGACCCCCGUGCCCCUCCCAGGACAUCCCAGUGCGCCCAGUGCCCCUCCUGUGCCCAUCCCAGUCUGCCCAGUGCCCCUUCUAUGCAAUCCCAGUAAUCCUCUUUGUCCUUUCCUUUAUGUCCCAAAGUCUCCCAAUGAUGCCAACCCCCAAUGAUGCCAGAUAACCCCCCCAGUGCCCCCAGUGCCCCCAGUCCCUCUCCCAGUGCUCCCAGUGCCCCCAGUCCCUGUCCCAGUGCUCCCAGUGCUCCCAGUCCCUCUCCCAGUGCUCCCAGUGCCCCCAGUCCCUGUCCCAGUGCCCCCAGUCCGUGUUCCAGUGCCCCCCAGUCCGUGUUCCAGUGCUCCCAGUCCCUGUCCCAGUGCUCCCAGUCCCUGUCCCAGUGCCCCCAGUCCCUCUCCCAGUGCUCCCAGUGCCCCCAGUCCCUGUCCCAGUGCCCCCAGUCCAUGUUCCAGUGCUCCCAGUGCUCCCAGUGCCCCCAGUCCCUGUCCCAGUGCCCCCAGUCCUGCUCCCAGUGCUCCCAGUGCCCCCAGUCCCUGUCCCAGUGCCCCCAGUCCCUGUCCCAGUGCUCCCAGUCCGUGUCCCAGUGCUCCCAGUGCCCCCAGUCCCUGUCCCAGUGCCCCCAGUCCCUGUCCCAGUGCUCCCAGUGCCCCCAGUCCCUCUCCCAGUGCCCCCAGUCCCUGUCCCAGUGCCCCCAGUCCCUCUCCCAGUGCCCCCAGUCCCUAUCCCAGUGUCCCCAGUCCCUGUCCCAGUGCCCCCAGUCCCUAUCCCAGUGCCCCCAGUCCCUGUCCCAGUGCCCCCAGUCCCUCUCCCAGUGCCCCCAGUCCCUGUCCCAGUGCUCCCAGUCCCUCUCCCAGUGCUCCCAGUCCCUGUCCCAGUGCUCCCAGUGCCCCCAGUCCCUGUCCCAGUGCUCCCAGUGCCCCCAGUCCCUGUCCCAGUGCCCCCAGUCCCUGUCCCAGUGCUCCCAGUGCCCCCAGUCCCUCUCCCAGUGCCCCAGUCCCUAUCCCAGUGCCCCCAGUCCCUCUCCCAGUGCCCCCAGUCCCUGUCCCAGUGCCCCCAGUCCCUCUCCCAGUGCCCCCAGUCCCUGUCCCAGUGCCCCCAGUCCCUGUCCCAGUGCCCCCAGUCCCUGUCCCAGCCCAGGCUCUGGGCUGGCAGCCCCCCGGGGUGUUUCCUGGGCUGGGCCAGGGUGCUCCAGGACCCUUUUUCAGGGCGUUCUGCUCUCUGGGAGGGGUCCAUGACCACCCCCCCCACCCCAUUUUUGGGGGUGCCGAUGGUGACCCCCCCCCUUUGUCC